AUGGCAGACGGAAGCACACCAGUACUGGCAGACAACCCGGUGACGAUGCCUGACGAAGAUAAUCACACCAACUUCACAGUUGGAUGGGAAGAACCAUCUGAUCAGGACCCCGAGAAUCCCCUCAAUUGGUCAACGCGCCGUAAAUGGAGCAUUAUCGGGAUCCUCUCUUUCAUUACCUUUCUUACGCCUUUGGCGUCUGCAAUGAUGGCUCCUGGUGUGCCAGUCAUCAUGGCCGAGUUCGACAGCUCCAAUGACGAAAUUGCGACAUUCAUGGUUUCUGUCUUUGUGCUGGGAUUUGCAUUCGGGCCGCUACUGAUGGCGCCUAUGAGCGAGCUUUACGGCCGAACGCCAGUUUACCACGUCUGCAACACUCUUUUCAUCAUCUUCUCAAUUGGAUGUGCUGUGUCUCAGAGUAUAGGGAUGCUAAUUGCAUUUCGAUUCCUCUCUGGGUUUGUUGGGGUCGCUGCGGUAACCUGCGGCAGUGGCACGAUAGCAGAUAUGAUUCCUCCUGAGCAACGAGGAGCCGCCAUGUCUAUAUGGUCGAUUGGGCCUCUCCUUGGACCCGUGGUUGGACCUGUUUGUGCUGGCUUUCUGGUUGAGGCCAGGGGUUGGAGAUGGGUGUUUUGGGUCAUAACCAUUGUGUCUGGAGCUGUAAUCCUGAUUUCCUUUAUCAUUUUCCGAGAAACGUAUGCACCAGUCCUUCUCGAGCGUAAAGCCUCGAAACUACGCAAGGCGACUGGCAACAAUAAGUAUCGCUCAGUCAUGCAAGCGAAAGGUACACCAAAGCAAGUCUUUGUAUCUGCCAUCACUCGACCGACACGAAUGCUUCUCUUCUCUCCCAUUGUCUCCAUGGUCUGCCUAUAUAUCGCCACCCUCUACGGCAUGCUAUAUCUGUUAUUCACCACCUUUACCUUCGUGUACCAUGACAUGUAUGGGUUCAGCGCGGUGGGUGCAGGACUGUCAUUUAUCGCUGGAGGCAUCGGAAAUCUCCUCGGCCUAAUGUUUGUGGGGUAUCUAUCGGAUAAGUUGAUAAGAGAUGGUCAGAUUAAAGGCAAGGCUGUUGAGCCAGAGCAGCGGUUAGAUCUGAGACUCACUAUCCCCGCCGCUUUGGCUCUCCCCAUCGGCCUGAUCAUGUACGGCUGGACAGCGGAGAAGCAACUGCAUUGGAUCGUGCCUAUGGUCGGUACAAGCAUCAUGGGUUUUGGCAUGAUCGGGAUCUUUAUGAUCUCGCAGACGUACCUUGUCGACGCCUUCACGAGACAUGCUGCCUCUGUCACCGCAGCGAAUGCCGUCUUACGGAGUUUACUGGGAGCCCUUCUACCCCUUUGUGGCUUGAAGCUCUACGACGCACUUGGUCUUGGUUGGGGGAAUACGUUGCUUGGAUUGAUUUGUCUUGCCUUGGCGCCUGUGCCAUGGCUCCUGAACAGUUUUGGUGGAAGGAUACGAAACAACCCAAGAUUUCGGCGAGAAUUUUGA